GUUCCUGCUUCUUGUCAAAACUGUCCAUGUCUUCAAGGUUGAAGAAAUGACUGAUACCAAUGAGGUUGCUGCUCUGGGUCGACCUUUCACCCUAGGAAUGCUCUACAAUGCUCAGAAAGAUCAACUGAUUACAGGUUUGACUUUGUGGGAUGAUAAAACUCUGAAAGAGAACACAGUUGAAAUCUCUCAGCACAGCAGUGCAUUUGAAAUUUCUACAUCUGACUCCAUUGGAUCCAAGUCCUCUCUGCUGGAUGUUGAUGCUUCUCUGAAGGUCAGUUAUAUGUGUGGACUGAUUACAGUUGGAGGAUCUGCCAAGUAUCUGAAUGAUAAGAAGAAAUUCAAGAAUCAGAGCAGAGUGACGUGUCAGUACAAAGCUACCACACACUUCAAGGAGUUGAAAAUGAUUGACCAUUUAACCAUGAAAACCAAACAGACAGAUGUUAUUAGGAAGGGCUCUGCAACUCAUGUAGUCACAGGCAUCCUUUAUGGAGCAAACGCUUUCUUUGUGUUUGACAGUGAGAAAUUAGACGCCAGCAGCGUUCAGAACAUCCAGGGCAAAAUGGAAGCUGUGAUAAAGAAGAUCCCCUCAUUUAAUAUUGAGGGGAAAGUUGACAUCAAGCUGAAUGAUGAAGAAAAAGCUCUGACUGAGAAAUUCUCCUGCAAAUUCUACGGAGACUUCAUUCUUGAAAGCAACCCUACAACAUUUGUAGAUGCAGUGAAGACCUACAUACAACUUCCAAAGCUGCUGGGAGAAAAGGGAGAGAACGGUGUUCCACUGAAGGUCUGGCUGAUGCCACUGAAGAAAUUGUAUUCCAGAGCUCCUGAGCUGAUGAGAGAGAUCAGUGUUGGACUAGUGAGAAAGGCUGAAGAUGCUCUGGAGGACCUGAAUCACCUGGAAAAAGGAUGCAACGAUUUGCUAGAGGACACAGUGGUAAAAGAUUUACCACAAAUCAAUGAAAAGUUGAGCUGUUUCCAGAAACUGUGUCAUUAUUAUGCAUCUGACCUCAGACAGACCAUGGAGAAGAAAAUUCCCUUCAUCCGUAAAGGUAAAGAAGACGAGAGCGAAUUAGAAAAAGUCUUUGAAGACAGGGACAAGUCACCGUUCAGCCAUGAGAAGCUAACCAAGUGGAUGGACCAUAAAGAGAGAGAAAUCAACAUCAUCAGGUCCUGUGUAGAAAAGAUGGAGGGAACAAAGAUCAUCCGCAAUAAGUCAGAGCUGGACAGAGAGGUUCUAAGUGUAGAGGAUGCUCUGUGCUUUGUUUUCACCUCGUUAGAAAGUACCAAUGAAGAGCCGUGGUACUACUCAGACAAAGUUUUUGCCAAAAUGAGAGAAAAGGCCAGAUUUUUCCGCAAUAUCGAAAAAACACUGAAGAACAACAGCCGAUUCCGUUUCCUCAUAGCAGCCAUUGCAAAUAAGAAAUACACAGGAGCAACCAUCUACCAUUACAGGGAGGGCAAACUGGUCACUGAUGACUUUUUCACCCUCCCUCCUGUGGAGAAAAUCACAGACAGAAGAGAUUUGAUCUGGUAUUCCUGUGAUCUCACUCUGGACCCAGACACAGCGAACGGCUACCUCACUCUGUCUGAGGGGAACAAGAAGGCGGCUUAUGGAGCGUGGCAGUGGUAUCCUGACCUCCCGCAGAGAUUUGAUACUUAUGUGUGUCAGGUUCUGUGCAGAGAGGGGCUGACUGGGCGCUGCUACUGGGAGGUGGAGUGGAGUACUGGCUCAGUUCAAGGGGUUGCUGUUGGUGUUACCUACAAAGGCCUGUUUAGGAAAGGUAAUUAUGGCCAGUGUGGGCUUGGACGCAAUAUUAUGUCCUGGAGUUUAGACCACACAGGGUCCCCACCAGGGGAUACUCUCUGUGCAUGGCAUAAUAGUCAGUCACAGUAUCUCCCUGGUCCUGCUACUCGCUGCAGCCGACUGGGAGUGUAUCUGGACUGGCCUGCUGGCACUCUGUCCUACUAUAAUGUCUCAGCUGACACACUGAGUCACCUCCACACCUUCCACAACAAAUUCUCUGAGCCAGUUUACCCAGGCUUUGGGACUUGGUAUUACCCCAACUACGUGUUCCUGUGUCUGUAAUCUGCACCAUAUGAUUCACUUCAAGUUCACUGCGGUUUGACCACAAAAGUAUUUUUUCAUAUGUUUUUAUUGUGAAGCACCAUCAUGUUAGUCACAUAUAGCAAUGCAAUAUAACACUUCCACUAAAUAUAGAUCUCCCUGUCAUCCAUAUUUUUGUCUUAUCAAUAUCAUUAUUAUGGUUACUACAACUUUUUCUCUGCUGCUACUUCUUGUAGCUUGAGUUAGCCGGAUAAAGGCAACCUUUUACCUUCCUAGUCAGAUUUUUUUUCAAGCUGUAUGUAGUCUGAUUCACAGGAAGUACAUUACAUUAAUUCAUAUAGCUGACACUUUUAUCCUAUCCUUUUAUCUUACAAUUGCUAUCAGAGGUCGCACACCUCUGUCUUGCUCAGGGACACAUUGGUGGAUGUGUCACAGUGGGGAGUUGAACCCUGGUCUCUCACACCAAAGGCACGCGUCUUAUCUACUAUUCCAUCACCACCAAAGUAGGCUGUGGGUAAAAACCUGGCAAUGGCAGACUAUUUCCAAGUAGGUCUAUCUGCAGAUGCAAAGUACUUCAGGACACAGUUUUCCUUAAUAUUUUAUUUUUUAUUUCACUUAUC